AUUUUUUCCGUGACUUUAUCAACAGUAGUACUCUCUAGAAGCUUUCUAUUGGUCGAAAAAGUUUUACUUGCUUCCGAUUCGCUAGAAGGGAAAUUCAUUCAAGUUCAAACUUGUAACACCCAUCUUAAAUAACUGCCAAGCGAGAUUAAACUGAGACUCCAACGGAAGAGAAAUUCGGGCGUCAGUUUGUUACCGUUUUCCAUCACUUCGUUUUGUUUGUGAGUUCGACUUCGUCGUUCUGAGGUAAAAAAAACUUUGCUUCCGAUUCUGUAGAAGAGAAAUUCAUUCAAGUUCAAAGCUGUAAUACCCAUCUUAAAUAACAGCCAAGCGACAUUAAACUGAUACUCCAGCGGAUCAGAAAUUCGGGCGUCAGCUUGUUACUGUUUUCCGUCACUUCGUUUUGUUUGUGAGUUCGACUUCGUUGUUCUGAGAAUUGUUUGCCGGUCUAUUUCAUGACAAUGAAUAUUAUUUAAAUUAACUAACUUAACUAUAUUUAAAAAAAAUAUAUUCAGUUAAAAAAAUGGAGUCCCGCUUACGAAGACCUCAAAUCAGCACAAAGAAUACUGUGACAACUGGAAUGUCUAUUUCAUCAAGUGCAAGUUGUAUAUCAAAAUCAUCACAAAAUCUUACAAAAGCUAAAAGUACACAUAACAUUAAUGCAAAACCCAAAAACGAGAAUGAGCCUCCCAACAAGACAGGGCUUAUUCGAGCAAAAACAAUAUCUACAUUUAACCGCGUAAAUGGAACAACAAGUACAAAUGUUAAAACAGCUGUUAAGAGACCAGGCACUGCCUCUAGCGAGAUUGAUGCCAAGAAACCAAAUGUUAAAGGUACUACCAACUCUAUUGUUAGGACUGUUAAUACAAGACCACCUAAGAGUGCGUCAAGAAAAUCUACUACAAUUGUUGCGAAGCACGUACCUGCAAAACCUAGCAGGUGGGACACAAAAGGUCGUCUUGCAUUAACAUCUGAAAAAUUAGCUACUAUGAAAGAAAAGAAUGAUGAACUUGUUGCAAGAAAUAAAGAACUUGCAGAACUGGUUGAAACAUUGAAAGAACAAGAAAAUGCCAGUAGAGUAAAGGCUGAAAAGUAUGAAAUAUUAAGUAAUAAUUUGACGCAAGAAUUAGAAACCCUAACAGUUGAACUAACAGAACUAAGAACUAAAAAUAAAAAUUUAGAUGAGAAGUUAGAAGAUACUGAAAAGUCAUUACAAGAAACUGUUGCAAACUUGAAAACAUUUCGAACAAAAUGUAACAUAUAUGAAACUAAACUGUUAGAGCAUGAAAGCCAAACAACAGAGUUACAAUCAAAUUUAGAGUUACAACGGAACAUGGUUACCAAACUCACAAUUACAAAACAGGAUUUGCAAUCCUUGAUACAUGGCAUGGACAAAGAACUAAGAAUCUUACAUAAUGCCAUACAAGAGCUCAAAGGAAACAUUCGAGUUUUCUGUCGUGUGCGACCCAGAAUACCUAAGGAAUCAGCGAAAGGAUUGUGCACGAUUAACUUCCCGGACGAAUGUACAAUUGAAAUUGGUCGUAUGGACAAUUCAGAGGUAUCUAAUUGUGGUGGGAAGGUGAGAGGAUCACGCAUAGAAUUCUCGUUCGACAAAGUGUUCUCACCAUCAGCUACUCAAGCUGACAUUUUUGAAGAGUUAGCAUUGCUAGUACAGUCUGCAUUGGAAGGAUACAACGUCUGCGUUUUUGCAUAUGGUCAAACUGGCUCCGGUAAAACAUACACAAUGGAAGGUGGAUUUGGAAUAGAAGCCGAAGGCAUGAUACCACGCACGGUGAGGCACAUCUUCAAAGAGAUGAAGCAAUUCGAGUUGAUUGGAUGGGAGUAUCGAAUCGAAGCAAGCUUUUUGGAGAUAUACAAUGAGCACAUUGUGGAUCUUUUGGAUUCCCAGACGAAGGUCCACGAGAUACGAAUGGCAGAUGCAAAGGGUACCGAUGUGUACGUGAGUAAUUUAAGCGUCCAAGAGAUACACAGUCCUGAGGAAUUGCAGGAAUACUUAAGAAUUGCUCAAGAAAAUCGAGCUGUGGCCGCAACUCAAGCCAAUGAGCGAUCAUCAAGAUCACAUUCGGUGGCGCGUAUAAGAUUGAUCGGUACGCAUACAUUAAAGGACGAAGUAUGCAUCGGUAACUUGAAUUUAGUCGAUCUUGCUGGGUCCGAGAGAUUGAAGACCGAGGAGGCCGUCAGGACGGCGGAGACCAAAAACAUAAACAAGUCGCUGGCGAAUUUGGGAAAUGUAAUUUUGGCACUUCUAAAAAAACAGGAGCACGUUCCCUACAGAAACUCUAAACUGACGCAUCUUUUAAUGCCAUCACUUGGUGGAAAUUCAAAAACUUUAAUGUUGCUCAAUGUGUCACCUUUGGAUGAGUGUUAUAAUGAAACCAUGAAUUCAUUACGUUUCGCCAGUAACGUCAAUAGCUGUAAGACUGGAAAUGUGAAGAGAACGCGGACUAUAACGUACAAUCCCGCUUCAUAGCGUUAUGCGGUACCUUAUAAAUUUUAUACAUUGAUACGGAAUAUUAAUGCCAAGAGUUACUUACCUUAUUAUUCCAGAGACAAUAUAAUUUACAUUUAAAUGUUGACACAAUUAUAAAUACCCACCGGCAAUUUAACAAAGAACAAUUCUGAAUAGCAUUAAACAUUAGUUUUUAUACAUUUUUAUAUAGUUAUUGUAAUACAUACUCAAAUUCGAAUUAAUAAAUAUGUUAAGAGUC